AUGGGCUCACAACAUACAGAUGGGUUUGAAAAUUGUACUCAGGUAAAAGCUCCAACACUUAACUUGGAGGUCAAUGCUGCAAUCUCCAGCUCUGUGCAGCAGAGAGACGAGAGACUUUCUGCUUUACAGCGCCAAAUAGGCGCUAGCCUGUCCUGUAUAGGCAGCGCUCUGACCCUCAUCCUCAAAGAAGAGGGAGGGGGCGACAGAACGUACAUCCAAUUGCUGAAUGAUACCAGCAAACUAUUGACUGACCUGCAUCGCACAGAAAGCAUCGCUCGUCGCGAACUAGUAGCCCUUAACUUGAACUCUGACGUAAAACAGAUCCUAUCGGAAGCCACAGUUGAUGGGCUGCUCUUUGGGACAGACUUAGAAGUCAGACUAAAAUCUUCCAAAGACCUGGAGAAAUCGGGCAGGGAGCUGAAGGCCGUUAAGGGUAAGCCACUACAGAAUGCUGCCAAGCCGUUAAACUACCAGAGUCUGCCUCGUAUCAGCAGAGAGCACGUCGAGGCGGACAUCAACACCAGCGCCUCAGUUACUCCACGAACCGCUACAAACCACGUCGAGAGCCACCACGUCGACUGA